CGGCCCGCGCCGCGAGGGGCGACCCUGCUCAGCUCGGCAUUGGCCUGGCCCGAUCCGGAGGGCCUCCUUUUCGGCUGAAGGAAUCUACAGUCCCGGAGGCGUCCAUGGUGCAGGAUCGUCCAAGUACGAGCUGGGCGCGGCACACGGCGUGCUGAAGCCCUGUUUGAACCCAUCCUUCCGGUAACCGGGAUGAUGCAUGGGCAGGGACGCGGCAGUUAUAUAUGAGUACCGUGGAUCCCUUGCUCCUGUCAACAUCCGGAAGCGCAGACCCGCCUUCAAAGCCCACAGCUCCCGCUCCUGCUCGGCCAUCGGUGGGCUCGUUAGGCUGCCUCUGCCGGGCUGAUUCGGCCUCUUCCUCGGUGUACGAGGACUGCGACACCGCUUCUGUCGACGAAGGGGAUGCUGCUGCGCCGAGGCGCCGUCUGGAGUCUGGCCUGAGCAGGGCGGCGGAGGGGUUCCAGUCUGCCGACUCGCAGUUCUUCCAUCGGCUCUCGGUGGAAUGCGCUCACAAGGAGGGCCAGCGGAAGGUUUCCUGGGGCGGUGCGAUGGAGAUGCUGCGCAGCUCUCCGUCAUCCCGAGAGGCCGGAGCGGUGUCAUCCUCGCAGGAGAAGCCGGACCGGCCCCCGAGGGGCAGGAACAAGAGCUCGCAGUUUGAGGACAUGCUUUCGUCCGAGCAUGAGCACGAGCAUGAUCCCAGGCUGAUCCACAUCAAUGAUCCUGACAGGACGAACGAUCGGUAUGAGUUUACGGGGAACGAGAUUCGGACGAGCAAGUAUACUCUCAUUACGUUCCUGCCUAAGAACCUCUUCAUCCAGUUCCACCGGCUGGCCUACGUGUACUUCCUGGUUAUUGCUGCUCUGAAUCAGCUACCUCCUCUAGCUGUGUUUGGAAGGACCGCGUCGCUGUUCCCGCUACUUUUCGUCUUGUUCGUGACUGCUAUAAAAGAUGGUUAUGAAGACUGGCGCCGUCACAGAUCUGACAGGAAUGAGAAUAACCGUGAGGCUCUUGUUCUCCAGCAUGGUGAUUUUCGGUCAAAGAAGUGGAAAAGCAUCUGUGUUGGGGAGGUUGUCAAAAUCCACUCAAAUGAAACUAUGCCAUGUGAUAUGGUCCUGCUGGGCACAAGUGAUCCAAAUGGUAUAGCUUACAUCCAAACAAUGAAUUUGGAUGGCGAGUCAAACCUGAAAACAAGGUAUGCUCGCCAGGAAACCGUUCCCAUGAUAUGCAACAGCUCCUAUUUGGGGCUGAUCAAAUGUGAGCAGCCCAACAGAAACAUCUAUGAGUUUACAGCUACCAUGGAGCUGAAUAGUCAGAGGAUUCCGCUUGGACAGUCUAACAUUGUAUUGCGUGGGUGCCAGCUAAAAAACACGGAAUGGAUUAUUGGGGUAGUAGUCUAUGCUGGUCAGGAGACGAAAGCUAUGUUGAACAGUACAAUAUCUCGUUCAAAGUGCAGCAACCUCGAGAGUUACAUGAACAGGGAAACCCUUUGGUUAUCAGCUUUCCUCUUGAUCACAUGCUCAGUUGUGGCUACAGGGAUGGGGGUAUGGUUAUUUAGAAAUACUAAAAACCUUGAUGCACUACCAUACUACCGGAGAAAGUACUACACGUUUGGCCGGGAAAACAGAAAGGAUUUUGAGUUCUAUGGCCUUUCGUUGCAGAUAUUUUUCUCCUUCUUGAGUUCUGUGAUUAUCUUUCAGAUAAUGAUACCAAUAUCACUAUACAUCACCAUGGAGCUAGUCAGAGUGGGGCAAUCAUACUUUAUGAUUGGUGAUACUCGGAUGUACGACAGUAGUUCAGGUUCAAGAUUUCAAUGUCGGUCCUUGAAUAUCAAUGAAGACCUAGGUCAAAUACGGUAUAUCUUCUCGGACAAAACAGGUACCUUGACUCAAAAUAAGAUGGAAUUUCAGCAAGCUAGCAUCUACGGGAGGAAUUAUGGGAGCUCCUUGCAGGUCAAUAGUGACUCGUCACAUGAAAUAACCCCUGCAGAGUCUUCGGGACAACAUGACAGAAAGCCCAAGUCAGAAAUCAAUGUUGAUUCAGUACUCCUAGCACUUCUGAAUGAACCAUUGUUUGGGGAGGAAAGACUCGCUGCCCAUGAUUUUUUCCUUACUUUGGCUGCAUGCAAUACUGUCAUUCCAGUAAGCACAGGAAGUUCUUCUGAUUUGACCAAUGAAUUAAAUGAGGUUGGUGCAAUUGAUUACCAGGGUGAAUCACCUGAUGAGCAGGCCUUAGUAAUAGCGGCUUCCGCUUAUGGAUACAAGCUUAUUGAAAGGACAACUGGCCACAUUGUGAUAGAUGUUCAGGGGGAGAGGAUAAGGUUGGAUGUUCUUGGUCUCCAUGAGUUUGAUAGUGUGAGAAAAAGAAUGUCUGUUGUUGUAAGGUUUCCAGACGACACUGUGAAGGUUCUUGUUAAGGGUGCUGAUACUUCAAUGCUUGGCAUUUUGAAGAGUGGGAAUGAUGACGGACUCUUUGAUUCAUUCCAUGCCAAAAUUAGAGAAACUACAGAAAACCAUUUGUCAAGUUAUUCCUUGGAGGGUCUACGAACCUUAGUAAUUGGUUCGAAGUACCUGAGCGAUGUAGAGUUCAGUGAAUGGCAGGAAAGAUAUGAAGAAGCUAGCACCUCCAUGACAGAGAGAUCGGCAAAGCUCCGUCAGGCAGCAGGUCUUGUAGAGUGUAAUUUGACUCUUCUGGGUGCAACUGGAGUUGAAGAUAAGUUGCAGGAUGGUGUGCCUGAGGCCAUUGAGUCCCUCCGACAGGCUGGAAUCAAGGUUUGGGUUCUCACGGGAGAUAAGCAAGAAACUGCUAUAUCGAUUGGUGUAUCAUGUCGACUAUUAACUCAAAGUAUGGAAUCAAUUAUCAUAAAUGGUUCCUCAGAGUUUGAGUGUAGGCGUCUUCUGGCUGAAGCUAAAGAGAAAUAUGGAAUCAAGUCAACUGAUUUUGGAAAGGAUUAUCAAAACACGGAAGAUUUGUACAAUGGCGAUGUUACAAAAUUAAGGUCCUCCAAUGGUCAAGCAUCUGAAAGUGGAACACAGAACCUGCAGUUGACUGGAGUUAUUGCUAAUAACAAGUCAGAAUACAAUGAGAAAUCACCAAAUUUUGAUUAUGCUGAGUUAGCACUUAUAAUUGAUGGAAACUCCCUUGUUUAUAUUCUAGAGAAAGAUUUGGAAUCAGAGUUAUUUGACGUGGCAACCUCCUGUAAAGUUGUCAUCUGCUGUCGUGUUGCUCCUCUGCAAAAGGCUGGAAUCGUUGAUUUAAUUAAAAGCAGGACAAGUGACAUGACUUUGGCGAUUGGUGAUGGGGCAAAUGAUGUUUCAAUGAUACAAAUGGCUGAUGUUGGUGUUGGAAUAUGUGGUCAAGAAGGUCGCCAAGCAGUGAUGGCUUCAGAUUUUGCAAUGGGGCAGUUCCGCUUUUUGAAGAGGUUGCUGCUUGUGCACGGGCACUGGAAUUAUCAGCGUAUGGCAUACAUGAUUCUGUACAACUUCUAUCGGAAUGCUGUCUUUGUGCUAAUGCUCUUCUGGUAUAUCUUGCACACUGCAUAUUCUGCAACUCUUGCACUAACAGAUUGGAGUAGUGUUUUCUAUUCCCUUAUCUACACAUCAGUUCCCACAGUAGUGGUUGGUAUUCUGGACAAGGACUUGAGUCAUAAUACCCUUCUUUAUUAUCCGAGACUAUAUGAAGCAGGGCUUCGGAAUGAGGCCUACAACAUGACUCUCUUCUGGAUCACAAUGCUAGACACCUUGUGGCAAAGCCUUGUCCUUUUCUAUGUGCCUUUCUUCACAUACAGUAUCAGUACAAUGGACAUAUGGAGUAUGGGAAGUUUAUGGACGAUUGCAGUGGUUAUACUUGUCAAUAUUCAUCUGGCCAUGGACAUUCAACGUUGGGUGCUUAUAACUCAUCUUGCCAUAUGGGGCUCUAUAGCUGCAACAUUUUUGUGCAUGGUGUUAAUAGACUCUAUACCUGUUUUCCCGAAUUACGGGACAAUAUACAACAUGGCUGCUUCAGGAACUUACUGGCUCAGUGUUAUUCUUAUUAUAAUCUUGGGGUUGCUUCCUCGGUUUCUUUGCAAAGUAAUAUAUGAGACCUUUUGGCCAUCUGAUAUUCAAAUAGCAAGAGAAGCUGAGUUGUUAAAGAAGCUGCCUCAACAGUCGGGAUCAAGGCCUGAAAGAGAUAUCAGCUAACAACAAUGGAUUCAUGCAGUUAGCUUGUCUCCCAGUUUGGGAACUGUGUUGAUUCAUUUGUUGAGCUGAUUUUUUGUCGAAUUUCUUUUGAUUAUACAUGAGGACACAAAUCGUCAAAGACAACGGAUUCCGGUUAUAGAAGAGGCUGAUAAAUGCGAUGAAGCGGCAGUUGCGAACGGACUGACUGGGUAGGCAUCAAACAGCUUCGUCCAUCGGGGGCUGAGUAAUCAAUCAGAUGACAAAUGUACAGAUAUCGGGGGAAAUGAUAUAUACUCUGUAAUUUAUGAUAGGGGCCUGUGGCUAGGAGGAAAUAAAAAGAGGUACAUAGAUACAGAUUUUUUUCACACUUUGCCAAAUCUUUUGUAUUACCUGACCAUAUGUUAACCAAUUUUUUUUCUUUUCUCUACCUCAUCGAGGUUUUAGGUAGAGUUAGUGGUGUGUCUAGUUUGAAUUUUAUGCUUUGAAAGAUUACAUGAUUCAUUUCCUCCUGUGACCCAUAACUUCAGAAAUUCAAGUCCAACAAUGGUUAGGAUGUACAUGUCCAACAAAGGGGUGGCCAUUCCAUUAUGUAUCAUCUUUUGUGUGCUUUA